GUAAUUAUGUAAAUUUGUCACUGAAAAUCCAAAAAUUCUAAAAACAUACACUUUCGGUGAGAUAAAAUUAGAUGAGUGUACGAAGUGAUGAGAAAAGCGAUUUUCGAAUGGAUAACAUUGAUCAUUCCGAGUUUACUUAAUCCAGUUCUUAAUUUAUGUUAAUAGUAUAGUCGCCCACGGAACCAGAUACACGAGUUUCAGUAUAUCUUUUCGGGCAUAACCAUCACUGCCUGUACCCGAUAGUUUAAUUUAUUUUUAUAAUUUCUAUACUGCGCGCUGUAUUAUUGUAUGUAUAUUGAAGGUGUAUGAUUAAUUAGUUGGCUGAAAUUAUCUAUUUCUUUUGUUGAUACACUAAAACAGAUACGAUAUGACUUGACUAUAUGUCGUUAUAACCUAAAAUCAUCUUACAUAAACAAGACAACAGUCAAUGAGACUUCAUUAUAAUUUUAAAAAAGAGUUGUCGUUAGCAAGAAGUAUUACUUAGAGUCCAAAUUCAUUAAGCCAGAGACGUUACACCAGAUCAGAAUGUCGUCUUCGAUGGUAUUUCUCGUAUCGAUGAUAGCUGUAUUUGUUCCAACCAACAUAUUGCAGGCAGUCACAGCGGCAGAACAUUUAUCGAAAUGUUCAUUUACUCAGAAAGAUGCCACGUUCAGUCAAUUUCAUCCAUUGUCUGCAAUACCGGAUUCUCAACCCGAUGGUUUUUAUGCAAAGGUUAAAGUGUCGGUUACUUCGGAUUACGGAGACAUACACAUUUUGUUAGCAGAAUCAGAUGAUUUUGAGAACACGAAUGGAUAUGAAUUCGUCUCGGCACCGUACAUCAAUAGCGAAAUUCGUCGAAGAAAUUCAGUAUAUGGAAAGUAUGAAGUGCUAUCAGCAACAAAUAUUUCUAUCGAAGACUACGCACCGGGCAUAACCAUCCUUGAAUUAUCGGUAACUAAAGAUGGUGUGAUUAAGGUUUCCGUUUUGAGUCCGAAUUCCACCAUUGCAUCGUAUGACCCAAGUUACUUGUUCACGGAAUACCAGAAAUACCGUACUUUGAUUUCGAAUUAUAGUCUUGAAACAACUGAUACACAGCCCUUCCCCAUCAACUAUAUUUCUUUUUCUGGACACAGUAAACUUCAAUUUAAUUGCGAUUAUGGAGUUUUUCGCGACAAAGCACUCUUUGUUCAGACUAGAUGCGAAGCAAUAUAUGGUUGGUCGCAGGAAAAGUUGUUUCAUGCUAUUGAAUCAACAGACGAUUUUCAUCCCGAUGGAUAUUAUGCCAAUGUGGAUAUUUCCAUGUUAUCUGAUUAUGGAAACUUGCACGUUUUAUUAUCAGAGACGAAUGAAAAAACUGGACCGAAUCCUUCUUAUGAAAUUGUGAUCGCAGAUCGAUUUGGCACCGAGUCUGAAUUCCGACGAAAAAAUAGUAUCAGUCAAGGCUAUGAUUUUGUGAAUCAAUCAUCAUUUACUUACAACGUUAAACAACACCGUUCCUCAGUGAUGAUGCGAAUCUCAGUGUCAGUCGAUGGUGUAAUAUCAUUUACCGAUUUGGACAAAAAUACUACAUUCACUUUCACUGACACCGAAAAGACGAUCCCAGUGAAGUACAUUACAUUCGCCGGGUACCGGAAGUGGCCUGCGACCUACGAGAUCGACUGCUUGGAAACUAAAACAAUUUGUUCGUAAAUGUUUCAAUUUUAAACUCGAAUCAAAAUAUACACUGAAAUGUAUGGUAGUGGUAAAACCGUAUAAAGAC